CAUGUAUGCUGAUUUGACUUUCCAAUUCCUUGCUGAAGAGGAAGACAAUUCCGUUUAUUAUUCAUCCUAUUAUGCUUUUCAAUCAUUUGGAUCUGAUGAAUUGCUUUCUCUCUUGAAAAACAAAUUUGUAAAUCAAGCUAGAAAUUUGAUCAAAUUCUUGAAUAACAGAAAACAAUUUCUCGAGUAUGGAAAACGUUUGAAAAACAAUGGGAUCAUUCCUACGGGUGUUCCUAUAGAAUUGAUUUGUGAUUGUACGGUACAUUUGAAUGUUUUUGAAACAUUUAAUAGAGUUUCGUUUGAGGAGAUUAUGGCUUGGGUUCCUGGUGAAAUAUUUUGCAUUACAAAUAAGCAAGUUAUAAAAGAAGCAUUGCAUUAUCGUGGAAUCCUUGUAAUGGCAAGUGAUGAAUUGAAAUCAGACCCAGAAUUGGUUCUUAAAGCUAUUGAAACAGAUGGAAAUUUAAAGAAGGGAAGCUUUAAAUUUGCUUCCAAGAGUUUGAGGAGUAAUCAACAAUUUCUACUGGAUGCCAUUGAAAUAGAUGCUGAUAUUUUAAAGUAUGCUGAUUCUGCAUUGAGAAAUGAUCCAGAUUUUAUGAGAAAGGUUGCUAGAAGACACCUCUAUUGCUUUAGAUUUAUUGGUGAAGAGUUGGAAAGAAAUGAGGAAUUUAUAACCUCUGUAAUGAUUGAAAACUCACUAGCUAUUGGUUGUUUGGGAGAAUUGUCGAGAUCAUUGUUCAAUGAUUUGGAUCGUGCUGGAGAAGAAAUUGUACAAUUAUUUGAAACAUUAGUGGAUAUGAGUAGGUCUGACCUCAUUGAACAUGUUAAGGGAAUUUGUCACGAUAGGGAUUCAAUGAAGCAGCUGUUGAGGUGUGAUGGUUCACUUUUGGAGUUUUGUACUGAAGAACUUCAAAAUGACAGGACACUUGUAAUAAUAGCUGUAAAGAAUAGGGGAUCCUCUCUCCGAUUUGCUGCCCCAAAUUUUAAAAUGGAUCGAGAAAUAGUUAAUCUUGCAUGUAAAGAUUCAGCAGAAAACUUCAAAUAUGCCUCAGAUUCUCUCAGAAGUAAUUUUGAUUUUAUAAUAGAAAAUCUGAAAAACGGUAUCGACCUUGUUCCAUAUCAUACAGCUGAUAUUGAUGAAAUGUUGAAAUUAAUUGGAUUUUAUUGCUUUGAUGAUUUUAUUCAAUUCUCUUGUGAAUAUUUUCCUGAUUUAGGUUCAGAUCUUGAUCUGAUAGAAAAGAUUGUGGAGAGAUGUUGGGAAGUGAGACAAGAAUUUAGUGACUGGCCGAUAUUGGAGCAUGUUUCCGAGGAGGUGAUUCCUGCUCUUCAAAAAGACAUUUUGUUAAAAGUAGUUCAAAUGGAUGACUCGAACUUUGACAGAAUACCUACUGAACUCAAGAAUGACACAGAAAUUCUAGCAGCACAUAUUACAAACCAGGUCAACCAAGCUCCAUAUUUUGAAGACUUUGAAAGCCUACCACAAUUUCUUGAUUCUGAAUUCAUCAAACUAUUAAUCAAUUAUAACAUUGACUAUCGUAUUAUUGAGCAUAUGCCUGAAGUUGUAAAAGUAACACCCAUUACAUCUGAAUUUGUGAAGAAAUGGCCACAAGCUUUUACUCUAUGCCCAGAAUUUUAUUCAGACGAUGUACAAUUCAUUACAGAUAGUAACGUUAUGGCUAUUGCAUUUGCUCGUGAACCAGUGCAACUGGAACACUUGGAUUUAGUCGCUCAGGCCAUUCAGAAAGAUCCUAACGUGUUGACAAAAUUACCUGAUGAUGUCCAAAUAGGAUUACUCAAACAACACAAACCAGACCUAUUGAAAGCACUAGCCCAAAAUUGUGACGAUUAUGCGAGGCUAUGUGAGGAGGUACAAGCAGAUCGUGAUGUGAUUUUAAUGUGUGCUGGUUCUCCUUUUGGAGGUCAUUUGGCUGAUCUUAUUCCAGAACAAGUCUUGUUGGACAGAGAUUUCUUAGUCAACCUUGUCAGGAGAAAUGGCUUUACUUACCAAAUGAUUCGAGAAAUGACUAUGGAAGAGGAUGAAGAUGAAGAAUUAGCUAUGGAAGCUUUGAAAUCUUGGGGCUGGUUUGAAUCUUCAUUACUAUAUCAAUAUCAUGAUGCUAAAAUAAUUUACAAGAUUUUCAAGGAAUUAUUGAAUCAACGUUUGAAGGCUUUUUACAGUGAAGAUUUCUUUAUUCCCUCAAGAUAUUCUUCACUUGCUUUUAAGGUUUAACAUUGAAUAGGUUCAAUAUUUGAGAGGAUUUAUUUCCUUAAUCAUUAUGACUAUAGAAUAGUCUAAAGUAAAUAUUGCACUUUGCCAC